AUGAAUAAAUUAUUUUUACUGAGCCUAUUUUUCGCAGCUCUUUUCAUUUAAAACGUAACUGCUGGCUAAAAAUGUAGAGCUUUAGCUUUAGAAGCAGGCGGUGAUUUAGGUUCUUUUGAAGCAGGUGCUUACAAGGCAUUGGUUUAUAAUUUACCUGCUGAGGAAGUUUAGUAUGAUGUUUACACUGGUAUUUCAAUUGGUAGCAUCAACACUUUGGGUCUCUCUCAGUUUCCUAAAGGAUAAGAAAGGGAUCAAGCUGACUGGUUAGUGAAUCUAUGGACAGGUUUAAAAUAAAAAGAUGUUUAUAAGAAUUUUAAAGGAGGCAUUGUUUAAGGAUUACUAUACGAAAGAGGUAUUUUUGAUAGCUCUCCAGCUUUAGAAUUACUUAAAAGAGUUGCCACUAAACCUGCAUAAAGAAAAAUUAAUAUUGGAACAUGCAACUUAAGAACUGGAGAGCUCGUUAGAUAUAACGAAUAGAGCUCAAUUUCUACUUUGGUUUCAGCCGCAUUAGCUUCUGGCUCUAUACCUACUUUCUUCCCUUAUUCUACCUUAGACGGUGAAAUUUAUGUAGACGGUGGCACUACAGGUAUAUUGAUUGAUUUGUAAGGUGCUAUUUAGAGAUGUCGUGAAAUCGUAUCUGAUGAUUCCGAUAUUAUAGUUGAUGCCAUAUUCGUUAAAUUCUCUAAAUCACUUGAUUUAUGGACAACUGAUAAAAAGAAGAAGACUAUGGAAGCCUUCCAAAGAGCUAGCACAAUUAUGGGUUUCUCUAACACUUAUAGAUAGUUACUUGAUGCUAUGUAAUUAUACCCAGAUGUUAACUUCCGUUAUAUCAUAAAGCCAUCUCAUGCUUUGCCUAAUUAAAAAAUGCCAUUCCUUUUUAACAAUAAAUAAAUGAAUGAAAUGAUAUAAUAAGGCUAUUAAGAUGCUCUAAAUAUCAUCUAAUAAAACGGAUUUGAAGGAAACGCUAAGGAAGUUUAUUAAGAAAUCACUGAACGCUUCUAAGCUGAAACUGGUUCAAAUAUAAAAAAUGAAGGCAACAGACAAGAAUAAAUGUUAAAAGCUUAUUACAAAAUCAAAAACAGUUUAAAAAUUUGA